AUGUCAGGCCCAUACAUUGACGGACUUGGUACAAAGAAAGGGAGACGCUGCGAGAAUGCUGCACCCGACAGCGACGAAUCAUCUAGUUUUUUUUCUUCAUCCGAUCACGAAGAGACCGUUGAGAAACACAGGCGAUACAAAAAGCGACGUGUCACCCAAACCGAUGCGGAGGUUAUUCCAACGUUCUGGCCGGAUGAAAAAUCUAGCAACGUCAAAGGAUGGCUGCACAAGAUUGACCAGUUGAGUGACGUAUAUGGAUGGGACCACAAAGACCGCCAGUUCAUCAUGCAGAUACGUCUUCGUGGGACGGCUAGAGACUGGUAUGACGAUCUGGACGACUACAAUUUCACGUGGGAGGGGUGGAAGGACGCUCUAGAGACCGCGUUCCCACGUUCUACUGACUUUAUAGAUCUACUUGAAUCUAUGCUCGCUAGAAAGAAAACGAAAUCGGAAAGUAUGACAAAAUAUUUCCACGACAAGGUUUCCUUAUUAAAAAAAUGCAAUAUCGUUGGCGAGCCUGCAAUUUCGUGCAUAAUUCGCGGUCUACCCGUGGAAAUAAGAGCUAACGCAAAGGCUUUCCAGUGCGAUACACCACAGCAACUAUACUACGGAUAUUUGUCGUCACUGGAAAACUACAAACAAGUUGAAGCUAGCCAUCCGCGACUGGUUACCACGUGGAGAAGAGGGGGCGCCGUUACUCCAAUUGCAAGAGGAACAGACUUUCAACCGAAGAAAUGUUACGCUUGCCGAAGAGAAGGUCAUGAAGCAAAGGACUGCAAAGUGCCGCGCUGUGAGGUGUGCCAUCGCCCGGGCCACACGUCGGCCAGCUGCUGGUAUGCGGCCAGCUCUUCACACCCAAAAUUGUUAUUUGGGCAUCCCAAUUCGCGCUUACCGGCAUACCCUACUGGAGAACCCAGUGACUUCGAAAGUCAAGCGAAAGUAUUAGAGGAAAGGCGAAACGCGGCUAAAUUGCGUAUUGACAAACAUAUGACACUUAUGAAGGAUAGGUUUGAUCGAUCUCAUAAAAAAUGCAUUAAGUGCUCGGUGGGACAACUGGUACUUUGGAAAGGGGGAAUAACCAGAGUAAACGCUAAUAUAACUAGGAAACUUAACGGGUUGUAUACAGGACCAUAUAGAGUAUGCAAAGCAGAAGAGUCGUUGGAUCGCUACACUAUAUGUAGUAUUAAAGGCAUGAAAGGUUAUCGAAAAUUUACUGCUGUUGUUCGCGGUGAAGUCCUCCGACCUUACAAAUCUUCCAUUCCCGAUGAUAGCAGUGGCAGUGACCAUGAGGUUGAUAGAGAUGAUUUGAUAGACUUAUUAGGGAGUUAA